AUGCCAGUUAAGUCUAUUCAGGUUAACGGAGAAUACAUCAUGGACGAAGGUCUUGCUGCAGAUUCACAAAUAAAUUAUAAUGAUGCUAUCGACUAUUGGACAGGGGUACCAGCAUCGGUUGACGGAGUGUUAGGUGGGUUUGGAGAACAAACAGCUGUUCCUAAGGCAGAUAUCGUUGGGUCGUCCACGUUUUUGAGAAAGUUACAAACUAGAAUGACUUGUCCUGAUGGGGUAGAAAAGCUCACUAUUGACAUGGGUGCUGGUAUAGGUAGAAUAACUAGAGACUUAUUAUGGAAAGUGAGUGAUAAAUGUGAUUUAUUAGAGCCAGUCAAGCCAUUUGUUGCUCAGAUGAACAACGAGUUAGUAGGUGUUAAAAAUAGAGGGAAGUUAGGAGAUAUUUACGACAUCGGUAUGCAAGAGUGGGAGUGUGACGCAAAUAAAGUGGGAAAAUAUUGGUUAGUCUGGUGUCAAUGGUGUGUUGGUCAAUUGCCAGAUGAAGAAUUAGUUAAAUUCUGGGAAAGAUGUAGAACUGCAUUAAUUGGCAAUGGUAUUGGUACUUUGAUUGUUAAGGAAAAUAUUGCUCCAGAUGAUGAUAUUUUCGAUGAGACCGAUUCUUCAGUAACAAGAAGUGAUGCAAAAUUUAGAGAAUUAUUCAUUAAGGCUGGGUUUAAGUUAAUUGCUAGUGAUAUCCAAAAGGGAUUACCAAAAGAAUUAUAUCCAGUCAGAAUGUACUGUUUAAAGCCAAAUAAUUAA